GAAAUCGAGGAAUAUGAUGAGGAGUUGGCUGAUUGUGUUUCUCCUAUUACCCCUGAAGCUUAUAGAAAGAUGUGAGUCAACCAUGGACCUCACUGUUCCUCCUGUUGUGAGACUGGAAAAUGGCAGCUCAACCAAUGUCAGCAUCGGCCUUCGGCAGCCACUAAAUGCAACCUUGGUGAUCACUUUUGAAAUCACAUUUCGUUCAAAAAACAUCACCAUCCUUGAGCUCCCUGAUGAAGUUGUGGUACCUGCUGGAACAACAGAUUCCUCUUUUCAAGUGGUAUCUCGAAAUGUUGGACAACUUACCGUUUAUCUGCAUGGAAAUCAUUCCAACCAGACCGGCCCGAGGAUACGCUUCUUGGUGAUCCAUAGCAACGUCGUUAACAUCAUAAACCAGGUGAUUGGCUGGAUCUACUUUGUGGCCUGGUCCAUCUCCUUCUACCCUCAGGUGUUCAAGAACUGGAGGCGGAAAAGUGUCGUUGGUCUGAGCUUCGACUUCGUGGCCCUGAACCUGAUGGGCUUCGUGGCCUACAGCAUGUUCAACAUUGGCCUCCUCUGGGUGCCCUCCAUCAAGGAGCAGUUUCUCCUCAAAUACCCCAAUGGAGUGAACCCUGUGGCCAGUAACGACGUCUUCUUCAGCCUGCAUGCCGUUGUCCUCACCCUGAUCAUCAUCCUGCAGUGUUUCUUGUACGAGCGAGGCGCUCAGCGUGUGUCGUGGCCUGCCAUCGGGUUCCUGGUGCUCUCCUGCCUCUUUGCACUUGUCACCAUGGUGGUGGCCGCAGUAGGGGCAACCACUUGGCUGCAGUUUCUCUUCUGCUUCUCCUACAUCAAGCUUGCGGUCACGUUGGUCAAGUACUUUCCACAGGCCUACAUGAACUUUUACUACAAAAGCACCGAGGGCUGGAGCAUUGGCAACGUGCUCCUGGACUUCACCGGAGGCAGCUUCAGCCUCCUCCAGAUGUUCCUCCAGUCCUACAACAAUGACCAGUGGACACUAAUCUUCGGGGACCCAACCAAGUUUGGACUCGGAAUCUUCUCCAUCUUCUUCGAUAUCGUUUUCUUCGUCCAGCACUUCUGCUUGUACAGAAGGAAACCAGGGCUUCAGGCAGCACACACAGGUUCCGACAGCCAUCCCAGGCAGGAUGUGGCACUGACCUUGGAGCCAAGGGCCUUGCCCUAA